AUGCCAAGAACUUUUGAAAAUGCAAGGCAAGUGCUUCACUCAGUUCACAAGAGCGAGCCGGUCAACGAAAAACUUGCCUUCUACAACAUUUGGGCCGAGACCUACGAUCAGGAUAUGAGUAUGAUGGACUUUCAUUCGCCUCAAGGAGCAGCAAACAGCAUCUCCACCCAUUUUGUUGGGAACCGUGCAGAGGUUGAUGUCUUGGACGUGGCCUGCGGUACAGGAAGGGUCGCUGUGCACUUGAUGGCUGAUGGUUUUAAAAGCUUCGUGGGAAUUGAUGGAAGCACAGCGAUGUUGGAGAAGGCCAGGAAGUUGGGAAUCUACCAAGAUCUCAAGCAGUGCAUCUUGGGAGUGCAGCCACUGCCUGUAGAAAAAGAAUCAUUCGAUGUGGUGGUGAUUGCUGGAGCGCUCAGUGUCGGCCAUGUUCCAGUGUCGGUUAUCAGAGAGCUCUGCGACGUCUGCAAGCCAGGUGGCUAUGUUUGCAUGACCUCCAGAGACGGUGCAGAUAACCUUCAAUACAAAGCUGAUCUGGAGCAUGAAAUAGAGAGGAUGGAGGAAGAGAGGCUUUGGACAAAAGUAGCAGUUACUCUGGUGGAAAACUGGGAGAAGGCAACGUCGGGAACUGGCUACAUAUCUGGCGCCGCCUACGUCUACAAGAAAAUCUGA